GGCAAGAGGAUGGAUGGGGCUGGGCGAAAUUUGAGACCUGUAUUAACGGAAGGCUAGUCAACAAGAUGGCGACCGUCUGUCGUCUGCAUUCCAAUAGUCGCUUGAUGAGAACAAUGGAGGGAACACCUUAACGACGCGACAGGUCGCUGUCUCCCUUUCCGAUCUGCUCACAUUCGUGUAAUUGAGUCGAUGAUGGAAUCCAGAGAUGUUUCAAACACACCCACUCUAUUGUCCUGAUCCGUCGAGCUCGAAUCACUUCAACAUCUCAUCGGGAGGCGUACAAUGCAUUGCCAGUCCGACUUGACGAGCUAACGACUAUGAGGAGGUACUGACGCCUCGUCAAAGUGAAGAGAUGUUGACGCCCUCAGGAGAGAGAUAUAAGCAAGGAUGGAGAUGGGAUCCUGAUAGCGAAAUCGGCCUGCUCUCACACAUCAUGUCGUCUCACCCUUUCCUCGUUGAUCAACGACCGUACCUUCCUCGACACCUCUCUACGGAGAGCUUUACGUCCAAUGACUCGCAUAAUGCCUGCUCGUCAUGUGGCAGUAGACCAACAUCCACCACCUCAUCGCGAUCGCUGAGCGGCACCGCAUCCAGCUCGUCGAGCGCUUCAGCUCAAGACCCUGCGCCGGAUUUACAUCGAGACUACUCUCCACUCCUCUACUCUCAGCUUCCAUCAAAUCACAUGUUCGGCAGUGUGUCCAUUCGGAAAUCACAGACCACACGGAAUGACGUGCAAAGGUCGGCAUUGGGAGAUCUUGAGGAUUUCACACAGAGCUCGGAGGAGGAAAUGAUAGAGAAGGAGAAGAAGAAGAAAUCAAAGGGUCGGCGAUUCGGAGGACUGUUCUAGGGAUAUCAACUGCGGAAACCAGUCGUUGUAUGCUAUUUCGGCGAUGUAUCAUCCAU